AAAUGGUUCCAGUUAAACUCCUCAUACUGGGAACUCAGAACACUGGGAAAACAGCACUGUGUGUUCGUUUCAUAACCAAACGCUUUAUAGGCGAAUACGACCAUAAAAAGGAGGUGACAUACAGAUGUAACCGGAUGGUAGACCUGGAGACCGUUGAUGUGGAGAUUUUGGACUUACCUUGUAAGGAGAACUCAGUGGCUUCCCUGGAGUCCUCCAUCUGCUGGGCUGAUGGUUUUCUUUUAAUUUACUCCAUCACACAACGCCUCAGCUUCCUAGAGGUUCCUCGACUCAAGACACUCAUAGACAAGACCAAACACAGUCUCGUUGCUCCUACAGUGCUGGUUGCCAAUAAAGCAGAUCUGGAAAUUGGCAGGGAGGUGACAACAGAGGAAGGACAGAGACUUGCUAAAGACUUAAGGUGUGGUUUCACAGAGCUUUCAGUGGCAGAAGCAGUUUUAGCAGUGGAAGCAGCUGUGUUUCAGCUCAUUAGGCUGGUGUUGGAUCAGCAGCGCUCCCUGCCAGACCGUCGCUCCUACAUGCUGACUGUCCGCCAUGCUCUGACCAGGAAACUGACCCGAUCAAAGACCAUGCAGUGGUGACCCAGCGAAAAACAGGUCAUGGGGUGGCAGGGAACACCCCGUUGCCAGUCCGUCUGUGGCCAACACAGAAAGACAAAGAACCACUCAAGCUCACAUGUGACAAAUUAACCUAACAUGCAUGUCUUUGGACCCAGCUGAGGCACUUUCUGUGAGCUGUGAGGCAAAGGUACUAACCACCCUUGUGCGAAUCAUUGAACAUAUGAAUUUUUUAAGCAUAAAUCGGUGUUGUGUCUACACAUAACAGACAAUUUACAAAAAAUAGUUUUUAAAUGAUAUCUUUGGGCACUUCAUUACUAGCAGCCGGUCACAAUAACACAUAAACUGU